AAAUAGCGACCAAUUGUGCAUUCCCAUUGCAGACCGCCAACCAAUGCGUGGUGGCAGCGCUGAUUCUGUUCCACCAAUAAGAAAGCGCAGACGGGCGAGGGCGGAUGCUUCCUGGAGACUACAGGUGUAGAAGUGAGCGUCGGACCCAUAGCCGUUUCUGAAGCUGGCAGGAUGAAUGUGGGGGUGGCACACAGCGAAGUAAACCCCAACACUCGAGUGAUGAGUAGCCGGGGCAUCUGGCUGGCCUACAUCACCUUGGUAGGACUGCUGCAUGUGGUUCUACUCAGCAUCCCCUUCUUCAGCAUUCCUGUUGUCUGGACCCUGACCAACGUCAUCCAUAACUUGGCUAUGUAUGUCUUCCUACAUACAGUGAAAGGGACACCCUUUGAGACUCCUGACCAAGGAAAAGCUCGGCUACUGACACACUGGGAACAGAUGGACUACGGGCUCCAAUUUACUUCUUCCCGCAAAUUCCUCAGUAUCUCUCCUAUUGUACUCUACCUCCUAGCCAGCUUCUACACCAAGUAUGAUGCUGCUCACUUCCUCAUCAACACAACCUCAUUGCUCAGUGUACUGCUGCCUAAGUUGCCCCAAUUCCAUGGGGUCCGUCUCUUUGGCAUCAAUAAAUACUGAGGGAUGGGGCUGGGACGACUAUGGCACAAAAAGCUGUAACAUCCUUCCUUUCUCCAUACUGUCUUCUGUAUCUUGAAAGCUUGAGAACUAUACAGCCUUUCCUAAACUUCCAAGAAGAGAAUAGAUUGGAAAACAGGGCUCCCUGGGCCCAGCCCUGCUAGGAGCAGGCUUCUUGGAAUCAGGAAAGGCAGGUAAGGUAAGGGACCAAUCACUUUCCUCCACCACAGGAAGCCAUGUGUGGUAAUUAAGUUUUUCCAUAUCUUCCACCCCUACCACUUUCCAGCUGUUUUGCUUGUAUUUUCCUUAUAAUAAAGAUAAUUUUUUUGCCAGA